AUGGCUGCCCUUCGCAAUUUCUUUGGCACCUCUGGUGGCGGGAAUGGCCAGCAGCAACAAAAGGAUUCCGGCCGGACCACCCCCACGCCGACGCGGACGAGCAACAGCAAUGUCGACGCAGAAGAGACCACCCCGGAAGCUGCUAAGACAGUGCAAAGCCAACAGGCAGCUGUCCCAGUGGCAGACCUCAAGAUUGAUAUCCCUGGGCAGGUUGGCGUAGGCGGCGUCCGGCAGGGCGGGCAAGAUGGCGGCACGCCAAGCACUCCCAGCAAGGAAGGCCUGCCGAGCAAGAAGAAGAUGGUUCGUCGCGACUCACUCGGGGCUCUCAAGUCGCAAGCCGCUCCCAAGCUCUCCAACAGAGCCUCGUUCCACUCGCGCGACAGCUUCAUGCUCUCUCAGCUGAACGCAAACAGUGGACAACCUUCGCCUUAUGUUAAUCCCAGUCAUUACUCGAACACCGGCGACUACCACCGACGUUCAAUUGGUUCCACGCCUUCUGGCUUCACCAUGUCUUCUACCGGCUCGAACGCAACCAUUCGCGACCACGAAGGCGCAUUGCCAGGUAUGCCAGUGCACGGACACACGCAGCACAGCUCUGCUUCCUCGGAGAUGGAUCUCGGCCAUCACCGCGGACCAACCGCGUUUGGGCUCGGAGAGAUGCGCUCCGUAAGUGCUGGCACGACAACGACGCAGGCCGGCCCUCACAUGUCCCGCUCCGCCGCCGAACAUCCACAUGCCGCCGGCGCUGGGCACCACCACGGCGCCAUCCCGACCGAUCGGAGCUGGAAUACGAUGGAGGAGGUCCGACUAGGCGAAGAUGAUCGCAAGGAGAAGUACUGGCGUAGAUGGGGUCCAUAUGUUAGCGAAAGGCAAUGGGCCACUGUACGUGAGGACUACUCCUCGAAUGGCGACGCGUGGUCCCACUUCCCGCACGAACAUGCUCGGUCUAGGACAUACAGGUGGGGCGAGGAUGGCCUUGCAGGUAUCUGCGACAACCACUGCAGGCUCGCGUUCACCCUGGGUCUGUGGAACGGGAAGGAUCGGAUGCUCAAAGAGCGCAUGUUUGGCCUGGCCAAUAAUCAGGGCAACCACGGAGAAGAUGUCAAGGAGCUGUACUGGUACCUUGACAACCUUCCGACGCAUUCGUACCAAAAAAUGCUGUAUAAGUACCCGCAGGGUCCUUUCCCUUACGAGCAGCUCGUGCGCGAAUCGCAGAAUCGCAGCAGGGACGUCGCCGAGUUCGAGGUCACUGACACCGACCUAUUCGAUGAGAACCGGUACUGGGACAUAUUUAUCGAAUAUGCCAAGGACGCGGAGGAGGAAAACGCGACGUCGAUCCGGAUCAGCGCGUUCAACCGCGGACCGGAGCCUGCGGACCUGCACAUCAUCCCGCAAAUGUUCUUCCGCAACUACUGGUCCUGGCCCAAGGAAACCCCCGAGAAGCCGGAGAUGAAGCUUGCGGAAGAGUACACCAUCCAGGCCGACCAUGACACGCUUGGAAGGUAUUUCCUCUACUGCUCGACGUCGCCGGCGCCGAGCAAACCUUCGCGCCGGCGCAACCAGCCGCCCGAACUCAUCUCGGACGAGGAGGUUGCACCACAGAUGCUGUUCACGGAGAACGAGACUAACUUUGAGCGUCUGUACGGCGGCAAGAACGUCAAUACGUAUGCCAAAGAUGCCUUCCACGACCACAUCAUUCCUGCUCAUCGCCUCGAGAAGGACCGCCCGCAGCCUGUCCGCAAGACACGCACCGUCAAGAAGCUUGUCACAAAGGUCGUCCAGAAAAAGGUCAUCAAGGCUGCUGGCAGCAACGCAGCUGAGCCCAAGCUCGGUCGUAACGGAACCAUUCGUGGCAAGCCUGCCACCAAUGGCAAAGUCAAUGGCAAUGGCGAGACCAAGCGCGCUCAGGAUGGCGAGCAUGGUCUGGCUGCCAACGAGGAUGACGACGACGAGUAUGUCAAUGAGGAGGUUCAGGAAGAGGUCGAGCUGGAGGAAGAGUAUUACGAGAUGCCGACCAAUACUGCUCCGCCCCGCAACUAUGUCAAUCCAGAGAUGAAGGGUACCAAGAGCGGUGCUCACUACUUCUUCCAGGACGUCCCCGCCAAUGGCGGCUGUGCUGUCGUGCGCCUCAAGCUGACGCCGCGCACGGUGAGCGAAGACCCGACGAUCAACGACGACGAACAGUUCGACGCCACCGUCGAGUCUCGCCGCGCUGAUGCCGACGAGUUCUACGGACGCAUCGCAUCGGGCCCCAUCUCUGAUGAUAUGAAGGGCAUCAUGCGCCAGGCCCUCGCGGGCAUGCUGUGGUGCAAGCAAUUCUACAACUUUGUCCAGCCCGAAUGGCUCAAUGGCGAUCCGGGUCAGCCGCCGCCUCCGCCGGAGCGCAAGAACGUUCGCAACAAAGAGUGGAGGCAUCUUCACAUGGAAGACAUUCUCUCCAUGCCGGACAAGUGGGAGUACCCAUUCCCGGCCGUCUGGGAUACCGCUUUCCACUGCAUCCCGCUCGCCAUGAUCGACCCCGCUUUCGCCAAGAAGCAGCUCGACCUUUUCACACGCGAAUGGUAUAUGAAGCCCGACGGCGCGCUCCCGGCGUACGAAUGGAAUUUCAGCGAUGUCAACCCGCCUGUGCACGCCUGGUCGACAUUCCGAGUGUUCAAGAUCGAGCGAAAGAUGUAUGGCAGGGAAGACCUGGACUUCCUCGAGCGCGUCUUCCAGAAGCUACUCAUCAAUUUCACCUGGUGGGUUAAUCGCAAGGACUCCAGCGGCUCGAAUGUCUUCGAGGGCGGUUUCCUCGGUCUCGACAACAUCGGUCCAUUCAACCGUUCUGAGCCCCUGCCAACAGGAGGUACCCUCCGCCAGGCGGACGGGACGGCUUGGAUGGCAUUCUAUGCGCUCAACAUGCUCAACAUGGCGCUUGAGCUUGCCAAGCACAACCCGACGUACGAGGACAUCGCGUCCAAGUUCUUUGAGCACUUCAUUUUCAUCUCGGACGCGAUGACGUACAAGGAGGGCGGUGACGAGGAAGGUCUAAGCCUCUGGAGCGAGCAGGACGGGUUCUACUACGACGCCAUUCAGUGGGGGCCUGGCCACUCGCAGGUCAUCCCUGUGAAGAGUCUGGUCGGCCUCAUUCCGUUGUACGCCACGCUGACCAUCGAGCCGAGCGCGCUGAAGCGCUUUCCUUCGUUCGCAAAGCGCAUGCAGUGGUUCCUUGACAACCGUCCGGAGAUGUCCCAGCGCAACAUUGCUAAUAUGAGCGUUCGUGGAAGAGGCGACCGCCGCCUGCUGGCCAUGGUCAGUCGCGAAAGGCUCGAGACGAUCCUCAAAAAGAUGCUGGACGAGACCGAGUUCCUCUCGUCAUUUGGCGUUCGCUCACUCAGCAAGUACCACAAGGACCAUCCUUUCAAGGUCAACGUCGGCGGCGAGGACUUUGACGUCGGCUACUGGCCAGGCGACAGCCACAGCCCCAUGUUCGGUGGGAACAGCAACUGGCGUGGUCCAGUUUGGUACGCCGUCAACUUCCUCCUUGUCGAGUCGCUGCAGCGCUUCUACCAGUACUACGGUGAAGACUUCAAGAUCGAGUGCCCGACAGGCAGCGGCGACUACAUGCACUUGGGCCAUGUGGCCGAAGAGCUGCAGCACCGCCUGAUCUCCAUUUUCUGCCGAGACGACCAGGGCAGGCGUGCAACCAACGGUGGUGUGGCAAUGCUCGACUACGAUCCGCACUUCAGGGAAUUGGUGCACUUCUACGAGUUCUUCCAUGGUGAUACGGGCAAAGGUCUUGGAGCAUCGCAUCAGACAGGAUGGACGGGCUUGGUGGCCUACUCGAUUCUGAGUGCGGGCAUGUCUUUCAAGCUACCGCGGACACCCCGCACGCCGCGUUCCACAGCUGCGCACUACUUUGAUGAACACUUGACUGACGCCGACAGCAAAUCGGAUACCGGCACGUCUCAGUACAGCUAUUCGGCCACUUUCUCAAGACCGCCGAGCCCUGACGAACUCUAA